ACCCGGUCCAAAUACAAGCGGAUGCACUCGCACCACGAGGAAACACCUGAAACGGCGCUGGUCGUGGCCAGUAUUCGGGCGGUGACGAUGAAAUUCGGCAAUUUGACAGCGCUCGACUCCGUGGACCUCAAGAUCCUCGACAAGCAAAUCACCGUCAUCCUCGGCCACAACGCAGCAGGAAAGACCACGAUCCUCAAGACAUUGGCAGGCAUUGUGCGUCCCACAAAAGGCUGUACUCAGGUGUGCGGCUAUGACGUGGUGACCCGUUCGUCUCUCGCACGGAAGAACAUCAGCUUCUGUCAGCAGGACGACGUAUUCUUCGCCGACCUCACUGUCUACGAGCACCUCAUCUACUUUGGACUGCUCAAGGGUGUUCCGUACUCACUGAUCAAGCAACGAGUCGAGGAAGUGCUCGAUGACCUUUACCUCACUGACAGCCAACACGAGCAGCCGCGCCACCUGUCCGGAGGUGUCAGAAAGAGGCUCAGCGUCGCCAUUGCCGUCGUCUCGCGCCCCAGGGUGAUCCUGCUGGACGAGCCGUCAGCGGGCAUCGACCCUGAAAACCAGGGCGAUAUAUGGGACCUGCUGCUGGACAUUCGACAGACAUGCGCCGUGGUCCUCACCACCCACGACCUGCAGGAGGCCGACGCGCUUGCUGACCGGCUCAUUAUAAUCGCAUACGGACGAGUGCUUUGUUCGGGAUCGUCGGCCUUCAUUAGGAAAAACUUCGGUGCGAACCGUCAGAUGAUCACACGCAUAACGCUGGUAUUAGGCCACUAUCAAAUCAGCGCGCGAAAGCAGGCAAGCCAUAGUUUAAAGCGAGCAACCUGUCACAGCGCAUAAGCGUUCACCAUGUUCAGUGCAGGCCACCGGAAAAGAAGAAAAUCCUGGCCGGUGACUCGCGCACAUAAGUGCGCACAAUAACGGCGAAAUAUUCAUGAACGCAAAGCGUCACACUUGACGCAACGAAGCGAAUUCCAAAGGCAUCACUUUUGCUUUAUAUCCUCGCUCAUUUUUAGUAUCAUCAUUCCUUUAUGCCGGAUCGUGAAGCGUAGCCAUGCGUUCCAGAAAUUUGGUGGCGGAAUUAACUGAAUUUAACUUACACUUACUGCUACACAGAAAUAACUAGCCGCUGCUACAUUUAUUAUUGC